AUGAAAAACCCAGCAGACGGUGUUUACACUAUAUAUCCUGACGGAAAACGAGCUGUACCUGUUUAUUGCGAUAUGACCACUGCAAAUUUUAGAUGGACAGUAAUACAAAGAAGAAUUAACGGAUUUGUUGAUUUUUAUCGCGGAUGGUCUGCCUACAAAGAGGGGUUUGGUAAUGUUAGUGGUGAAUAUUGGUUGGGUAAUGUUAACAUUCAUGAGAUAACUUCGCAUAACAAUCAUGACAUCAGGAUCGAAUUAGAAGAUUUUGAGGGAAACAAAAGGUAUGCAGAAUAUACAGUUUUUGCCAUUGCUGAUGAAGAGAGUAAUUUUCGUCUUCUCGUGUAUAACUACUCUGGAAACGCUGGUGACUCGUUUUCCUACCAUAGCGGUAUGAUGUUUUCAACUUUUGAUAACGACAACGAUCCGUAUAGCCCUGCAAAUUGUGCCGUUGCGUACAGUGGAGCUUGGUGGUACAAUAAACGUCAUACUUCAAAUCUGAAUGGAAAGUAUUUGGCGGGACAUCACACAUCGUACGAUGACGGUAUUGAAUGGUAUCAUUGGAAAGGUCAAUACUACUCUAUGAAGUCAACGAAGAUUAUGAUUCGAAAGUAUUGA